AUGGUUACCGUGGCGCCACAUCCUAGCAGGCAUGUCUUAGAUAUUGAGAGGCUAAAAAGAAAAUAUGUUUUUCGUGUAAUAGGGUUUUAUGCAGUGCAAUCAAAGCUUGUCACUUUUUUUGGUGGAUUUUCGAGUCGCUUCAGAAAUGAUACACGCCUGGCAGACGCUGCUAAUUUGUUCGACCUAAGCAAUAGUGUUCUCAUUUUCCGAUACGGUACCGGCUUUUGA